AUGUCUGAAGUGAAGAUCGAUUCUAACUCUUUUCAUAAGAGAUUGUCGCUUAUUCAGAAAAAUUUGACAUCUAUCCAAGACAAGCAGUCAUGUCUCUUGCUUUUGGUAGGGGCGUCAGACGAUGAAAAUACGUACAAGAAGACGACUGUUUUGCAAACAUGGUUAUUAGGGUAUGAAUUUGUUCAUACUGGGAUAUAUAUUACGCAAGAUAAAUGUGUUUUUAUUACAUCUGAGGGUAAAGCCAAAUACUUGACGAACUUGACAUCGAAGCCGACAGAAAAUUCAAGUAGUGUUGAGAUCUGGCCAAGAUACAAGGAUGCGGAGAAGAACAAGGAAACAUUCAAGAAAUUGAUCGAAGAAUUGAAGAAAAUGAGUUCGCGAGAGAAGCCUAUUGGACAUAUUGCUAAGGAUCAAUACAGAGGCAAGUUUAUUGAUGAGUGGAACGAAGUAUCUGCUGACGCAGGUUUAUCAUUCAGCGAUUGUGCAUUAUUACUUUCGGAAUCGAUGGAAAUUAAAGACCUGGAAGAAUUUGCUAAUACUAAGAUCGCAUCAAAAUCGUCUACAGUAUUAAUGGAUGCAUUUGCCAACGAGAUGAUGGUGGUCGUUGACGAGGAAAAGAAAACUUCGAAUUCGGACCUUUCUGAAAAAAUCGAAGACAAAAUCGACAGCAAUAAAUGGUAUACUAAAUCUGCUACCGGUAAGAAAUUGCUUCAAUCGAUGAAGGAAUUCGAUCCCAGUUUAGUUGAUUGGUGUUAUUCGCCAAUCAUCCAAAGUGGUGGUGAAUACGAUUUAAAGCCAAGUGCACAAUCGACAACAAAGGCUUUAGUUGGUGACGGGGUUAUUUUGGCCUCAUUAGGUUUGCGUUAUAAGUCGUAUUGUUCUAACGUAGCUAGAACUUUCUUCAUUGAUCCUACUCCAGCUAUGGAAACCAACUAUGACUUCUUGCUUAAACUACAAAACCAUGUCACUUCCACCUUAUUAAGAGAUGGUACCGUUGCACUGCAAGUCUAUCAAGGUGCUCUCGAUUUUAUUAAAUCCGAGAAGCCAGAUUUAGUUCAACACUUCACUAAAAACUGUGGUUGGUUAAUGGGUAUUGAGUUUAGAGACUCGACUUUUGUAUUGAAUUCUAAGAAUGAAAGAAAAUUGCAAAAUGGUCAAAUAAUUUCUUUAACUCUUGGAUUCAGCAAUUUAACUAACGAUAAGGCCCUGAAUCCUAAAUUAAAGCAAUAUUCAUUAAUAUUAACUGAUACUUUCAAAGUAAGUGAAUCGGAACCUAUAUUAUUAACCACUUAUCCGAAGGCAAGAUCAGAAACAUCAUUUUACUUCAAGGACGACGAACCCACUGCCGUUAAAUCAGAAAAUGGUGGGGACAAGAAAUUGAAAUCCGAAAAGAACAUCAAAACCGAAAAGAAUUUAGCAGCAAAUGAAGCCAAUUCAAAGAUCUUAAAAUCUAAAUUGAGACACGAAUCAUCAGCCGCCGAUGAUUCUAAUAAUACCGAGAAGAUACGUCAAGAAAUUCAAUCGAAAUUGCACGAAAAAAGACAACAUGAAGGAUUAGCUAGAUUUUCUAAGGCUGAUGCAACUGACGCGCUGGAUUUCAAACCAGUGUUCAAAAAGUACGAAUCGUAUGUACGAGAAUCUCAAAUCCCUAGUAAUGUUAGGGAUUUAAAAAUUCAUGUUGACUAUAAAAAUCAAACCAUUAUAUUACCAAUUUGCGGUAGACCAGUUCCAUUUCAUAUCAAUUCUUUUAAGAACGGGUCCCAGAAUGAAGAAGGUGAUUUCACUUAUUUGAGAUUGAACUUUAACUCUCCGGGAGCUGGUGGUAAUGUUUCUAGAAGAGCCGAAUUACCAUAUGAAGAUUCGCCAGAAAACUCGUUCUUAAGAUCGGUUACUUUAAGAUCUCGUGACCAUCAAAGAAUGGUAGAUGUUUAUAAGGCUAUUCAAGAUUUAAAGAAAGAUGCUGUUAAGAGGGAACAAGAAAAGAAACAGAUGGCUGAUGUUGUUAGUCAGGCCAAUUUGGUCGAAUUAAAGGGCUCGAGAGUUAAGAAAUUGGAUCAAGUCUUCAUUAGACCACAACCAGAUACUAAAAAGAUUGGCGGUGUCUUGCAAAUCCAUGAAAAUGGUUUGAGAUAUCAGUCAUCGAUUAGAAUGGAUCAAAAGGUGGAUAUUUUAUUUUCCAAUAUUAAACACUUGUUUUUCCAAUCAUGCAAGGACGAAUUAAUUGUCAUUAUUCAUUGUCACUUAAAGAAUCCAAUUAUGAUCGGUAAGAAGAAAACCCACGAUGUUCAAUUCUACCGUGAAGCUAGUGAUAUGGCAUUCGACGAAACCGGAGGCCGUAAGAGGAGAUACAGAUAUGGUGAUGAAGAUGAAUUACAACAAGAACAAGAAGAAAGAAGAAGAAAGGCGUUGUUGGAUAAGGAAUUCAAAGCCUUUGCAGAAUUGAUCUCGGAUUCUUCCUCAGGAAUGGUUGACUUGGAUAUCCCAUUUAGAGAAUUGGGUUUCUCUGGGGUGCCAUUCAGGUCUUCUGUUUUAUGUAUGCCAACUCGUGAUUGUUUGAUUCAAUUAAUUGACCCUCCCUACUUAGUUGUGACCUUGGAAGAAAUAGAAAUCGCCCACUUGGAAAGAGUUCAAUUUGGUUUGAAGAACUUCGACUUAGUUUUUGUCUUCAAAGACUUCAACAAAUCAGUCGUCCAUAUCAAUACGAUCCCAAUGGAAUUGUUAGAAGAUGUCAAGUCUUGGUUGACUGAUGUCGAUAUUCCUAUCUCCGAAGGUCAAAUGAAUUUGAACUGGGCAACUAUUAUGAAGACUGUCCAAUCCGACCCUUACCAAUUCUUUGCUGACGGUGGUUGGAGUUUCUUGACAGGAGAAGGUGACUCUGAAGAAGAAGACGAAGAAGACGAAGAGUCUGAAUUCGAAGUCAGUGAUCCCGAUCCUAGUGAUGAGGAUGUAGAAAGUGAAGCUGGAUCUGAAGACGAUUAUUCGUCUGAUGCUUCAGGUAGUGAUGCUAGCGGAGGUGAAAGUGAAGAAGAAGAAGAAGGUGAAGACUGGGAUGAAAUGGAGAGAAAGGCUGCCAGAGAAGACAAACGUUUGGGUGCUUCGUAG